AUGUCCAGCCCCAUCACUGAUGCUGCCAACAGUUCGUCCACGUCUGCUGGCGAUGGAGAGAGGACCCUGCGCUCGGUGACGGGUGGCACGCUGGCUGGUGGGACGGAGAGCUCCGCUUCCUACACCAAAACCACCAGCUCUCCAGGGCCAGCUUGGCCGGGAUCGGUGGAGCCAAGCGGGGUGACCAACACCUCUGCCAGCAGCGAUGCCUUCGCAACUGAGAUGCUCUUCCCACAUUCUUCCAAGAUACCCACUUAUUCUUCGUUCCAGAACGAUCUCACAAGCUUUUCAAGUAGCCGUCAGCCAGUCAGUAGCAUCGAUGCUGAGAAAAGGACUUCGGUUUCUCAUACGGAUGGCAUGUACAUUUCAACCAUAUAUACCAGAGGAGGAGAAAGGACCCUCCUGUCUAUAUCGAAUAGCAGCACCUCUGCUGACUCCUCAGAGAGUUCCACCUUUUUCUCUGAAAUUUCCAGCCCUUCUGAUUCAUCAAAAUCUUCUGUGGCACAGGACAGGAGGAGCAACGUAUCCAGUGAUGGUGGUUUUGUUGAACCAUCUACAGAGCCGCUGCUGGUGCACUCUUCCAAACUGUCCAAGGACAGUGAUCAAGCGAGCACCUCUGUCGCUACGACUGUGGUCAGGCGGGUGCCUUCCACAGCUGCCGUGGCUGGGAGCUCGCCCAGAGGGACCAACAAGCACAAUGUCACGCAUCAGCCUCAAAUCAGCACCACCUUUACUUCCACUGGGUCCCCUUUCCCUGCAGGGCCCAUGGAGCAGCUUGGUGGACAUGUCGUGUCCAUGUCCACUCCUGUGACAGUAACGGAGACCCAGAGGACCACCCAGAGGAGCAGCUUUGGGAAGGCAAUGCCGCUGCUCACCACGGCCAGCGAUGCCUCACAGGCUGGGCCGACAGAUGCACCCCUUAGUUCCUCACCAAGUGCAACAAACCACAGUGUCGUUGUCCCCGUGGUGGCACUGACCACAGUGGAACCCGCUGUGCUGACAACACCGUCCAGUCACUUGCCAACCCCCGGUGAUGCUAGCACCAUGCAGGCCCACAGAGCUCCAACACCUGCUGCUACCAAGCACAUGUAUACCACUGGUAAAAGCACAGAAGCUGUGGAUCCCACCACUGCAAGGCCUGGUAAAGUCACAGAGGAAAACAUCCCUGUUACGAGUCCUUCUGAAGCCCCUCCAACCAGCAAGACCACAGUGAGCAUUGCAACUACUUUGGCUGCCACCAAACCAACCACCGUUCUUCCAUCGAGUAGCACAGUUGGGCUGAGGCUGUCAUCUCCAGCAACAGAUGUGGAUAAAUGUCUUUCCAACCCGUGUCCUGCAUUGGCCACCUGCAACAACACCCAUGGCUCCUAUAUCUGUCAGUGUCCUCUUGGAUACGAGCUGGAAAAAGGAAAGUGCAUAAGAAUAUUUAUUGGCCAGGUCCCCCUGAAAAUUAACAUGACCCAUGGGAAGUACGCAGAGCUCCUCCACGUUGAGGGUGAAAUCCUGGCGAUGCUCAACGCGUCGCUGUCGGGCUUGCCAGGGUACCACCACUCCACAGUUAAGGCCACCAGGGAGGCAAAUUUUGUGCAUGUUUCAGUGCAAUCCACGUUCUCUUUAGCAUCCAACGUGACUUUCUAUGACGUUAUCAGCAGUGUGAAAAGUUACAUUCGAGCUUGCAAAUCCCCCACCGAAGCCUGUCAGUUCAUGUCGAGCCUGAAACCACUCCACAGAGUUGGCAGCUUGUGCAAGCAGAAGGACCCCGAGUGUGACAAGGAAACUUCUGAAUGCACCGACUUCGAUGGAGUCGCGCUCUGCCAGUGCAAAAGCGGAUACUUCAAAUACAACAAGAUGGACCACUCCUGCAGAGCCUGCGAAGAUGGAUAUAAGCUGGAAAACGAGACCUGUGUGAGCUGCCCGUUUGGUUUAGGUGGAUUCAACUGUGGAAACCCAUAUCAGCUCAUCACUGUGGUGAUCGCCGCUGCAGGAGGAGGACUCCUGCUCAUCAUGGGCAUAGCACUGAUCGUCACCUGCUGCCGGAAGAGUAAAAAUGACAUAAGUAAACUCAUUUUCAAAAGUGGAGAUUUCCAGAUGUCACCAUAUGCUGAAUACCCAAAGAACCCUCGGGCUCAGGAGUGGGGCAGAGAGACCAUCGAGAUGCAGGAGAAUGGAAGCACCAAGAACCUGUUGCAGAUGACAGAUGUGUAUUAUUCGCCAACUGGACUGAGAAAUCCUGAACUGGAAAGAAAUGGACUUUAUCCUCCCUACACUGGUUUGCCUGGAUCUCGACAUUCAUGCAUCUACCCUGGACAGUACAAUCCAUCCUUCAUUAGUGAUGAAACCAGAAGAAGAGACUAUUUUUAG